AUGAUUGAAAUCACUUGUAAUGAUAGAUUGGGAAAGAAAGUCAGAGUAAAAUGUAAUCCUGAAGAUACAAUCGGUGACUUAAAAAAAUUAAUCGCGGCUCAAACAGGAACUAAAUGGGAAAAAAUAAUUUUGAAGAAAUGGUACACAAUUUUCAAAGACCAUAUUAGAUUGGGAGAUUAUGAAAUUCAUGAUGGAAUGAACAUAGAACUUUACUAUCAAUGA